CGAACCGGAGUGGAACGAAGACCCGGCAAUUAAAGCCGACAGUUCCUCGUCAGGCCUCGAGGCAAAGGCGACGCCGCUGCGGCUCUCCCCCGAGCUUGGCCGCUCCUCCGUGUAGGGCAAACGAUCUCCUUUGCACCGCUUCGAAACCUCAAGCUGGAGUCUUAUCUCCCUCUUUUGAAGAGGUGCUGCAAAUUCUUGGGUUGUUUAACUCUCAUCACCAUUUUCUAGAAUAAUUUAGGUUUGCUUACUAAGAGCUACGUUGCCAUUCUGGAUAGGAUUUUGGAGAUGCGUUGCUGUCAAAUCAAAGUGAUUAUUGACUCACCUGAAUGUCUGUAAUUCUAGAAAAUUCUUUGAAAUGCCUUGAAAGAUGCACAUCAUUGAGAUCACUGCAGCAAGUACAUGCUCAAAUAUUCCUCAAUGGGUUUAAUCGUGAUAAUUAUGUGGCAGUCAAGCUGAUAACCUUUUGCAAUAAAAAAUUGGGCGAGAGAGGUUAUGCUCGCAUGAUAUUCAACAGCCUUAUUACUUCUGCAAAUGUUUUCCUUUGGACAGCAAUUAUCACAUCUUACUCGAGCUAUCAAUCAGAGGUAACCAGAGAAGCAAUUAUAAUAUACAGAAUGAUGCAUCAAAAGGGAUCUCAUCCAAAUCAUUUUACACUGUCCUCUGUGCUCAGAGCAUGCUCAUUUUUGAAGGCCAUACAAGAAGGCAAUCAAAUUCAUGGUCAUUCUACUAAACUUGGAUUUAAUUCCUCCAUUUAUGUCCAAGCAACAUUAGUGGACUUGUACACAAAGUUUGGUUGGACCCAAGAAGCUUCACGACUGUUAGGGACUUUCCCUGAAUAUAACAUUGUGUCGUAUAACACGGUGAUCACAAGCUAUAUUAAGGCUGAUAAUAUGAAAGCUGCACGAGACCUUUUUGAUGAGAUGGCUGACAGGGAUUUGGUCUCGUGGAAUCUUAUGAUAUCUGGCUAUGCAAGUCGUGGAGAUACACCAAGUUCUAGAGAACUCUUUGAUCAGAUGCCAGAAAGAGAGAUUAGUUCCUGGAAUGCACUAGUUGCUGGGUACUGCUGUAAUGGAGAAUGGGAUGAAGCUAUACAACUUUUCAAGGAAAUGUGCUUAGCAACUGUAAAACCUAACCAUAUCAGCAUGGCCAUAUUGAUGUCUGCUUGUGGACAUUUAGGAACAUUAGAAAUUGCAAGACAACUGCAUGGAUUCUUGGAGAAAAGUUGUAUUGAAAUGAACUGCUAUGUGUUCAAUUCAUUGGUUGACAUGUAUGCUAAAUGUGGCAACGUAUAUGAGGCUUUUCGGGUGUUCUCUGAGAUCCCAAUCAAGGAUGUGGUGUCAUACAACAUAAUUAUCCUAGGAUUAGCCAGUCAUGGGCUUGGGGAAGAUGCCAUAAAGUCUUUCUCUGAAAUGCUAGAUGCAGGGAUCCAACCGGACACAAUCACCUUCCUGGGCAUCUUAAGUGCAUGCAGCCAUGCUGGACUCAUCGAAAUUGGGCAUAGAUACUUUGAAUGCAUGAGCAGAGAUUAUGCAAUUGAGCCAUCUGCUGACCACUAUGCUUGCAUGGUUGAUCUAUAUGGUCGAGCAGGACUAGUUGAAGAUGCAUAUGACUUGGUAAAGCGUAUGUCAAUUAAACCACAUGCAGGUGUUUGGGGAGCCUUGCUGAAUGCAUGCAGGAUACAUAGUAACAUAGAUGUUGGAAGAGUUGCAGCUCAGGAACUAUUUCGGAUUGAGCCGGUAAAUCCUGGUAAUUAUGUCAUUCUAUCUAAUCUGUUUGCUAGAGCCCAUUUGUGGGAUAGGGUUGCUGAGAUCAGGCGCUUGAUGAGAGGGAAAGUGCCCAAAACAGCAGGCUGCAGCUGGAUUGAGGUUAAUGGUCAAGUUAAUGAGUUCUUGAUAGGAGAUGCAACACAUCCACACAGCAAGAGCAUCCAUGCUGUAUUGCGGCAUCUGUCUUUGCAGCUGGUAUAGGUAAUAUCAGCUUGAUCCCAAUGUUGAGUUAUACAUUUUGAUGAAGGUUGGGUACUCUGGUCAAUCAGUCACGAGAAUGCAGCUGGGUAUAAACUUCUAGGAGAUGGACAAAGUUUUACAUGGUUCAGAGUCAUCUUGACGAUGGUUGACUUGGAUGAUAUCUUUGUUACAGGACUUCCUGCCACCAAUUGCUCCCAUUACAAUACCUUCACUUAAUGAGCUCCUGAGGAAAACAUUGGUAAUGCAUGAUUAAGAGAAGGGAAUCUUCUUGAGCCGCACCUUCUUUAUCAAUACUUGUGGAAGGAUCAUUGACAUCUAGAGCUGUUCUGCAAAUCGAUGGGAUCAGCAAGAAUUGGUAAGUAGCCUGAGGAUGACUUGACGUGGAUUAUUCAUGGUUAGGGGGUAAUGGAAUCAAUCUUCUUGAGUUGCAUGUUCUCUGUUCAACAGUUGGGGGAAGGAUCACCAGCUCUUGGAGCUGUUUUGUGCAGUAAUGGGUCAUGGUAUCAGCAUCAGAAAGGAUGGCUGAGGAGAUGGAUGGCAAGGGAACUUUAUGGGCAAGUCAUGCGGGAUUCUUCCCUUCACAGAGAGAGAGAGAGAGACAGAUGAACCCCCAGGAGUUUGUCACCUUGUGACAGGGGAAUAUAUCACUGUCUUGUUGAUAAGAAGAGGAUUUUGGUGCAAGGAAGCGGAUAGCUGUAAUGGCAAUGAGUGGCUGCUCAAUGGCACCCUGAUUUCUUUUUGCCUUCAAGGAAUUUUUUGCAUAUUUUUUUUUCAAAGAUUAUAAAUGCAGUAUUUGACCUUGUAAAUUUUGUUAUCUUAACAUGUAUCUCUCCCAUUAACACUCA